AUGGCUGACUAUGGCAUGCCCUCUCUAACAGUCUUACAGGUGUCAGACUGUGUUGAAGGUGUUCAAAGAUUGUUCAGCAACUCACUCAAGAUGAGGGAAAAGAGCAACAAGGGGAAAAUGCCCCCUCGGAAAUGCAACAUGUGUAGAGUAAUACAGGUUUCUCAGACGGAGUGUCUUCCAGUGUCUCGAGCGAGUGCAGUGCCAAGGUGCUGUGCUUGGACCUUGUGA